AUGUCCGGCCAGCACACCCUCCCCAACCUCCCGUACGCGUACGACGCGCUCGAGCCCUUCAUCUCCCGCCAGAUCAUGGAGCUCCACCACAAGAAGCACCACCAGACCUAUGUCACCGCCCUCAACGCCGCAGAGCAGGCCUACGCAAAGACCUCCUCCCCCAAGGAGCGCAUCGCCCUCCAGGCCGCCCUCAAGUUCAACGGCGGCGGCCACAUCAACCACUCCCUCUUCUGGCUCAACCUCGCUCCCCCGGCCUCCGAGAAGAAGGGCAACGGCGGCGCCCUCAAGGACGGCCCCCUCAAGUCCGCCAUCACGGAGACCUUUGGCUCCUUUGACCAGUUCAAGAAGGAGUUCAACACCACCACCGCGGCCAUCCAGGGCUCUGGCUGGGGCUGGCUCGGCGUGAAUCCGCAGACGAAGCGUCUCGAGAUCACCACCACCGCCAACCAGGACCCCCUCCUCUCGCACGUCCCCGUCAUCGGCGUCGACGUCUGGGAGCACGCCUUCUACCUCCAGUACCUCAACGUCAAGGUCGACUACCUCAACGCGAUCUGGAACGUCAUCAACUUCGACGAGGCAGAGAAGCGCUACCUCGAGGCCGUCGGCGGCUCCAAGCUCUGA